CUCCUUGCUGGUGUGACUUGUGCUGGAAACUACAGAGUAUGUGAUCAUGCAGCGUUUAUGCCACAUCCUUUGCCUACUUCAGAUUGCUACGAAGAACCGUCUAUUGAUGAUGAUCAUCCUGCCUCUACUACGAGUGGUUUUUACGUGGAUGUGUCAAGCGUCUGCACAGUGGUUCAAAACGAAAGUUUCAUAGCUGUUAUUUUGAAUAUUCGUACAAAACUCGGCUCUAUGGGUUUGCUUGCUGUUUUACGUUAA